GCAAUCGUCUACUCAUAGGCACCGGCUCGCUCAUCUCACGAUCGAUGAGCACAAAGGUCGGAUGAAAGCUCCGAGACUUCAGUGGUUCCAUUUCCGACCUAGUAGCCGUGUAGAAUGAAAAACUGAAGUAAGAAAAACAUUUUCUUUCAUCUCUUCGCUCCCCCCUUGUCUCUCAGUUCUCCAUUGGGGAGUAAGACAUGGCGCAAAAGCUGCAGCAGCAGUUGAGAGAAGUUGGUUCGAAACUUCAGAGUCAACCAGCUUCAAAGGAUGCGCUGAUCAAACUCUUAAAGCAAGCGGAAAACUGUCUAUCUGAAUUGGAACAAUCACCACCACCUUCUAUGCUGGGUGCAAUGAAGCCAUGUUUUGAUGCAAUUGCAAAAGAAGAUGUUUUAAAGCACCAAGAUAGGGAUGUGAGAGUUCUUGUGGCAGCAUGUAUUUGUGAGAUCACUCGGAUAACAGCUCCUGAAGCACCUUAUAGUGAUGAUGUUCUCAGGGACAUUUUUGAUUUGAUUGUAAGUACAUUUAGCGGUUUAAAGGAUACUAACACUCCAUCUUUUAAGAGGACGGUUAUAAUCCUGGAGACACUUGCAAGAUACAGAUCAUGUGUUGUGAUGUUGGAUCUUGAGUGUUAUGACCUCAUAAAUGAUAUGUUCCAAAUUUUUUUCAGUGUUGUCAGUGAUGAGCAUCCAAAUAACGUUCGUGCUUCAAUGCAAACAAUCAUGGUCCUUAUACUUGAUGAAAGUGAGGAGAUACAGGAGAAUCUACUAGUUACCAUAUUGUCUCCUUUGGGCCGUAAAAGGAGUGAGUUUACAAUGGCAGCCAGGAAGCUUGCUAUGAAUGUGAUAGAGCAUUGUGCUGGAAAGCUUGAACCUUCCAUACGGCAUUUUCUUAUCUCAUCACUAUCUGGAGAUAGCAGUAACUUGAAUAGUACACUUGAUUAUCAUGAAGUCAUUUAUGAUUUAUAUCAGUGUGUUCCACAAAUUCUUUCUGGAAUAAUUCCAUUUAUGACUGGAGAAUUGCUGGCAGAUAAGUUAGACAUUCGACAGAAGGCAGUCCAACUACUUGGAGACCUAUUUGCUUUAUCAGGAAUUCCUAUUUCCGAAUCUUUUCAGCCGCUUUUCUCUGAGUUUGUGAAAAGAUUGACUGAUAGGGUUGCUGAUAUUCGUGUUUCUGUAAUUGGACACUUGAAGAAUUGCUUGAUGUUGAACACUUCCCGACCUGAAGCUCCUCUGAUAAUUAAGGCUCUCUCAGAUCGGUUAUUGGAUUAUGAUGAAAAUGUUCGCAAGCAUGUUGUUGCCGCAAUUUGUGAUCUAGCAUGCCAUUCUGUCAAAGUCAUACCAGUUGAAACUGCUAAAAUAGUGGCAGAGCGCCUCCGUGACAAAUCUCUCUCUGUCAAAUGGUACACCGUGGGGAGGCUGGCUGAUGUUUACAGAUGUUAUUGUUUGAAGCAUACAAAUGCUUUGUUAAAUGAUGAUGAUUUUGAAUGGAUACCUGGCAGAGUAUUACGGUGCUUAUAUGACAAAGAUUUUAGACCAGAGACAAUUGAAUUCAUUUUGUGCGGCUCUUUGUUCCCCCGUGAUUUGGCAAUUAGAGAUAGAGUAAAACAUUGGAUUAAAGUGUUCUCUACAUUUGAGAGAGUAGAAGUGAAGGCACUUGAGCAGAUUCUGCUACAGAAGCAAAGGUUACAGCAAGAGUUUCUGAAGUAUUUGACUCUUAGACAGACCCGUCAGGAUAAUGUCCCAGAGAUCCAAAAGAAGCUUAAUGGUUUUUUCCGCUUUAUGUCCCGCAUGUUUCAUGAUGCUGCUAAGGCAGAGGAAGGUUUUCAGAUGCUUAAUCAGUUAAAAGACCAGAAUAUAUGGAAAUUAAUGAUGAUCUUGCUUGAUCCAGACACCAGUUUCUGUCAAGCUUGGUCAUGCCGGGAUGAGUUGCUUAAGAUCCUUGGAGAAAGGCAUUCGCUUUAUGAAUUUAUGGAUAUGCUUACAGUAAAGUGCUCAUACUUAUUCUUUAACAAGGAGCUUGUCAAGGAAAUUAUUUUAGAAUCUGACGAGCAAAGAUCUUCUGGUGAUGUAAAAUUCAUUUUGUCAUGCAUGGACCUACUAACGGUAAUAGCUUCUUUUUCUCCCCACCUUUUUAUUGGGUGCGAAGAGGAUCUUGUGCAUCUGCUGAAGGAGGACAAUGACAUAAUUAAAGAAGGAAUUACUCGUGUUUUAGCAAAAGCAGGAGGGACCAUUCGAGAACAGUUGGCUAUGACAUCAAGCCCUGUUGAUCUAGUACUAGAACGGCUAUGUCUAGAGGGUACUCGCAAGCAAGCUAAAUUUGCUGUACAUGCUAUAGCCGCAAUAACCAAAGAUGAUGGUCUCAAGUCACUUUCUGUUUUAUACAAGAGGCUUGUGGAUAUGUUGGAGAAGAAAACACACCUUCCAUCCAUAUUGCAAUCUCUUGGGUGUAUAGCACAAAUUGCAAUGCCAGUUUUUGAAACUAGGGAAGAUGAAAUUGUGGAGUUUAUAUCCAAGAAAGUCUUGAAGCGUAGUAAUGAUACGGCUGCUGCUUUGGACGGUAUUGAUUGGAAUGAAAGAACUGAACUCUGUUCAUUAAAGAUGCUUGGCAUCAAAACUUUGGUGAAGAGUUAUUUACCUGCCAAAGAUGCUCCUUCACGAACUGGGAUUGAUAAGCUUGUGGCAUUGCUCAGAAAUGUUCUAGCGUAUGGUGAUAUCUCAAAAGACGUGGAAUCAAGUGCUGUUGACAAGGCGCAUAUGAGGCUUACUGCAGCAAAAUCUGUCCUUCGGUUGUCAAGGCUGUGGGACCAUAUGAUACCUCUUGACGUCUUCUAUAUAACCUUGAGGAUUUCAGAGGAUGUAUACCCUCAGUUUAGGACAUUAUUCAUCAGCAAAGUGCAUCAGUACAUCAAGGAUCGAUUGUUGGAUGCGAAGUAUGCCUGUGCUUUCUUGUUAAACAUAAACCAGUAUCAGUCUCCUGAAUAUAAGGAGGCCAAACAUAAUCUACUGGAGGUUGUUCAAAUUUGUCAGCAACUUAAACAACGACAGAUCUCUAUGCAAAAUGAUGUGAGUUCCUCAGUAAUGUAUCCAGAGAGUAUUCUUGUUUAUUUGGUUCAUGCUCUUGCGCACCACCCAUCAUGCCCAAAUAUUGAUGAGUGCUUGGAGCUAUCAGCCUUUGAACCCAUUUACUGGCGGUUGCAUUUAUUUCUUUCUGUGCUGUUAAUUGGAGAUGAAGGUUGGCAAUCGGGAGCUUGUUCUGACAGGAGAAAGGAUAGUUAUACUUCAGUUGUAUCUAUUUUCCGUAGUAUAAAGUGUUCAGAAGAUGCAGCUGAUAGUGCAAAGUCAAGAACAUCACAUGCUAUAUCGGAUCUUGGACUGUCAAUUACAAAGAAGUUAGUUCCUGAUCAAGCGGAUGUUUCAGAGAUAGCUAAUACAGUUUCAUUGCCAGCCAGUUUAUACAAGGCUUCUGAUAAGGACGAAGAGAGCUCCGUGAUCAAUGGCGAGCAGUCUUGGCUGAGUGGUGAAAGUGCGUUGGCACAUUUUGAAGCUCUUAUGUUUGAGGAUAAAGAACAGAUUCUCUCAGUUAUCAACAAGGAUGAAAUACUCUUGGAGAAAGACAACGAUGAUAAUGAUGUUCCUCUGGGAAAAAUGAUGAAACUUCUUAAAUGCCAGGGAACUAAAAAGAAAAAAGCAAAAGGACAAACUUCGAAUUUUGAUUUGAAAAGUAAAGAUGAAGAUGUUGAUGUUCUUGGAAUGGUGCGAGAAAUCAAUUUGGACACCAUAAAAGCAGCUAGGAGUAUGGAACAUGGUAGUCAGAAAAGAAAACGAAGUGAAGCGAGUCAAGCAACUAGCAGCGUGGUUGCUCCAACUCCUAAACGCAAAAGGUCAAGCAGUAUUCACAGAUCCCCCUCUUCGAACCUGGAUAAGAAGCAGCAUGUUUCCUUAAUAGAAUCAGAAUUUUUGCUUUCCUCUUUGCCAAAAAUACAAAGCACAUCUAGGCGUGGAAAGAAAAAAGGAGAUCGAUCAUAUACUGAUGAAGUUUCCGUGAUUGACAUGAAGAACGUCUCUGUCACAGAAGGCUCUCACAAGAAAGGUAGUGGCAGUUCUGCAAAAAAACGUAAAGUUAGAAGUAUCUCUGGCUUGUCGAAGAGUUCAUCAAAGAAGACUCGGCCCAAUGGAGAACUGGUUGGAUCUAGAAUUAAAGUUUGGUGGCCUUUAGAUAACAUGUUCUACGAAGGCGUCGUGCAUUCCUUUGAUCGUGGAAACAAGAAACACAGUAUAUUGUAUGAUGAUGGUGAUGUUGAAGUGCUUCGACUAGAAACGGAGAAAUGGGAGCUUAUACCAAAUGGCUGGACACCUAAAAAGCGAUCCAAAAGCCAGCAGUCCUCGUCUCAUGAACAACUCUCGAUGGACAUAAAUGAUCAUAGCAAUGACCAUAAUUCUCAAGGAAAUAAUAAGCCUACGAAAAGGUCGGCGGCUGAUUCUAAUCUUGGAGUAAGACAUAUCUCAGGAAAAAGUUCCCAAUCUCAUGGCAGAAGGGUAUCAAAAAAUGACAUCAAUGCAGACAAUAGUAUACAUAUUAAAUUUGAUUCAGAGGCAACGGAUGUUCAUCCUCAUUCUGGAUCAGAGAUUGAUGAUGUUAAUUUAGAAUUUGAAGCAAAAGAAUCUUCAACUCCAGUAAAAAUAGCCGAUGAAACCAAAGUGAACACAUCAGAUGUGUCCAAAGAGUUACCCGAAAAAGGCGACGAUACUUCCAGUCCGAAAACCAUGGAAGAUUCAGACGACGAGCCCCUUAGUUCAUGGAGACAACGUGCUGCCAAAACUGGCUGAGAAAAUGAUCUUUUUCACUUCUUUCUUCAGUAUCUGCUCUAAGUAUUGCAAUGGUGGUUUCUUCACAACUAGUCACCUUACAGGUUUUCAAUCACUGCAGAAGCUUAGGCGUUCUAGUCUUCUUGUUAGCUUUGAUCUUUUGUGGCUGGUUUAACAGCAUCAGCAUUUAGUCUAGCAGAUUCAUUUUUCUUGUACUGAACGAGUAAAUCUGUUUACAUGGUUAGGUGAAUUUGUUAUAGAUGUGGAUUGUUUUCCUGGCCAAAUGAGGGAAAGUCUUAGGAUUGAAAAUAGCCAGGCUAGUUUAUCAGCACAGGCUGCUCUCUGUAUUUGGGGAUAAAACUUUGGGUGCAAAGCUGUAUUCUCAUCUGAUAAACUGAGCCAAUUAGUUUGUAUUAAUACACUUUUGAGAAGUAUUUCAAAAUAACUUAAAAUCAUUCCCUUUAUUGUA